CUGCUGUGCGCUGGCGGAGGUGUGGUCCGUGGCGGGGAUGGGGAUCACGGUGGACGUGCACCAGGUGUACAAGUACCCCUUCGAGCAGGUGGUCGCCAGCUUCCUCCGAAAGUAUCCAAACCCCAUGGAUAAAAAUGUCAUCUCUGUAAAAAUCGUGGAGGAAAAAAUAGAUGAAUCAACAGGAAUCAUCUAUAGAAAGAGGAUUGCAAUCUGCCAGAAUGUGAUUCCAGAAAUUUUAAGAAAGGUGAGCAUUUUAAAGGUCCCUAGUAUCCAGUUAGAAGAGGAAUCGUGGCUCAACCCUCAGGGAAGAAACAUGGCUAUUCAGAGUCACUGCCUUACGUGGACACAGUAUGCAUCCAUGAAGGAGGAGUCUGUCUUCCGGGAAAGUGUGGAAAAUCCAAAUUGGACAGAAUUCAUUCAGAGAGGCAGGAUUUCAAUCACAGGGGCUGGAUUUCUCAACUGUAUUUUGGAAACUUUUGCUGGCACAUUCUUAAGACAGGGGGCACAGAAGGGAAUUAGAAUAAUGGAGAUGCUGCUAAAGGAACAGUGUGGUGCCCCCUUAGCUGAAUAAGGAAUCAUCAGGGAGCCGUGUCCAAGUGGGCUUCUUUCCAAUAAUAACUUCUUGGCCACAACACAUCGUAGGCACAGUUCCUGGAAUACAGGUUUGAGGAUACAGUAUUGGCAGAAUAAAGAAGAGGAGACAUCCUUGCCAGGACAUAAAACGAUACCCUCCCCUUGGAGCCUGCUUCAAAUAGUGGGACUCAUGGAGAUGAGACCAUCUAGCUGGAUUUUUAUGAACAGUCUCUUUAUGAUUUUAUAAAUAAAGAAAAAGAUCCAUGUGAGAUGACAUCCACUCUUCCUCAGGAUGUCCUGCUACUUGUUUGUGAUGGCACCAGGGCAGUCAAAGGCCUAGGGUGGUGGUGCUUGUACCCAUAUUUUAACAGCAUGAUUGUUCAUGGGAUUCAUGAGUGGAUUCUGGAACAUAUAAAGUUGUUGGCUCAAUUACCUGUUCUAGGGGGCUUGAAACAGGCAUGUGCCAGACCUGUGCUGAAGCUAAGCCAUAUGUAUACCAAUGUUUAAGAUUUUCAGAAAUAAAAGACUUUUGAUGCAUAA